AAGCCACCUUCUAACAUCCAACAUGAAUUCCAUGACAAAAAUCAGCAUACUGCUCAUCGUGGCUUUAUCUUUUCUCUGCUUCACAGAGGCAAAUACAAAUCUCAUCUGUAAUACCUGUAAUCGCUCAGAAAAUUCAGAAUGUAAAAACGGAACUGGCCAAUGCACUGCACCGGAAGGUGGAUCGUGUUCAACCAUAUCAAUCUAUCACGGACAACGGCAUGUACUCUCAAAGCAAAUGUGCUUGGGUCAUUGCGAGGAAAAACCGCAUUACAAUGGAGACUUCAUGAUUUACGUAAUGUGCUGUUCCAAAAACUUGUGUAAUAGUUUCUAGAUGGAGAAGAAUCUCUUGAAGAUCAUCUUCGGUUCAAGAUCCAAACUUAACAAAUGAACCGAGAUGAGGAACUUGCUUCCUACUCUGUUUCCACACCGACCUGAGAUCACUGAGACAGCAGCAACAAAGGCUGUGUCCUCAUUUCUAACGACCACACCAUUGGACCACUGCAAAAGAAAAAACAAUCCCAUGCUUACCAUGUUAUUUUACUCUUCCAAUUUUCAACGUCUAAGCCCUGUAAUAGUGUCCCAAGAACUUUUAUUUUAAUCUCUAGAAUCUAUGAAUGCUGCUGUAAGUGGCAAAAGAGACAUUGGAGAAGGGAAUAAUCUCUAGAUGAAAGGUUGUGUUUGGAUUGUCAGGAAGGGUCUUAGUCCUAAGUACAAAUGUCCUUAUAAAAUGUGGGGGGAGGGGGUUGUGUGAAUUAACUAUAGAAGAGGAAAUGAUUGUGUAAUGGUGAUUCAGAAUUGGAGUGAUAUCCCUUGAAGGGGAAUCAAACAGCCAGGAGCCAAGAGAUAUAAAAGGCCACUAGAAGCUGAGAAGGGCAAUGAAAUUAAUUUUUCUCAAUGCCUCCAGAAACCCACCACGCUGCAACUUGAUUUUUAUCCUCACCAGAUUUAUUUUUUACUUCAGAGUUCUACAAAUUGAAUAAAUGCGUGUUGUUUUAAGCAA